AUGAACAUGAUGACAGUUAUGCAGCGGGUAGUAUGGCCUCUACUGCUCUGGCCCUAUGUGCUUACCGUAAGCAUCCCGCUAGACUGUAAGGAAGAGGAGGGAAGCUUCUCCCGCUGCCCCUCCAUCACUCAAGAGAAACUUCUAGACCGAGUCAUCCAGCACGCCGAGCUCAUCUACCGUGUCUCAGAAGAAUCUUGCUCUUUGUUUGAGGAUAUGUUUAUCCCGUUCCCAUUGCAGCUCCAGAGGAACCAAGCGGGCUACUCAUGCAUCACCAAAGCCUUACCCAUCCCCAGCUCCAGAAGUGAAAUCCAACAGAUAUCUGACAAAUGGUUGCUCCACUCUGUGUUGAUACUGGUCCAGUCGUGGAUCGAGCCUUUGGUCUACCUGCAGACCUCGCUGGAUCUCUACGAGGUCGCUCCUGACACGCUGCUAAACAAGACCAAGUGGGUGUCCGAGAAACUGAUCAGUCUAGAGCAAGGGGUGGUGGUCCUCAUAAAGAAGAUGUUAGACGAAGGACUGUUGACCACAAACAACAGUGAACACGGUUUAUUCCAGUACGAAGCGCAGCCAGAGAUGCUGGAAUCUGUGAUGAGAGACUACACCUUACUCAGCUGCUUCAAGAAAGACGCCCAUAAGAUGGAAACUUUCCUCAAGCUUCUCAAGUGUCGACAAACUGACAAAUACAACUGCGCAUAG